AAGUCCACUCUCACCAUGUCUGACACUGAGGAAGUUGAUCAGGUCGAGGAAUACGAUGCCGUAGAAGAGGAGGUAGUAGAGGAAGUAGAGGUGGCCCCUGAGGCGGCCCCUGAGGCAGAGCCAGAGCCAGAGCCAGAACCAGAACCAGAGCCAGAGCCAGAGCCUGAGCUUGAAGAGGCCAUUGAAGAGGAAGAGGAGAAGCCAAAGUUCAGACCCCAACCCGCUCUCUCCUGCAGGCCCAGCGCGCCCAAAAUCCCGGAUGGUGAGAAAGUGGACUUUGAUGACAUCCAGAAGAAACGUCAGAACAAGGAUCUGGUUGAGCUGCAGGCGCUGAUCGAUGCUCACUUUGAGUGCAGGAAGAAGGAGGAAGAGGAGCUGAUCGCCCUCAAGGACAGGAUUGAGAAGCGUCGUGCCGAGAGGGCCGAGCAGCAGAGGGUUCGUGCCGAGAAGGAGAAAGAGCGCCAGGCCAGACGUGAGGAAGAGAGGCGGAUCAGGGAGGAGGCCGACAUCAAGAAGAAGGCUGAUGAUGAGGCCAAGAAGAAGUCGGCUCUGUCCAACAUGGGCUCCAACUACAGCAGCCACCUGCAGAGAGCCGACCAGAAGAGAGGAGGAAAGAAAGAAACUGAGAGAGAGAAGAAGAAGAAGAUUCUGGCCGCCAGACGCAAGCAGCUGAACAUCGACCACCUGAACGAAGACAAGCUGAAGGACAAGAUCAACGAGCUGCAUGAGUGGAUGACUCAGCUGGAGUCUGAGAAGUUCGACCACAUGGAGAGACUGAAGAGGCAGAAGUACGAGGUUACAACCCUGCGUAAGAGAGUUGAGGAGCUCAGUAAAUUCAGCAAGAAGGGAGCCGCCGCUCGCCGCAGAAAGUAGACGGGCUCGCCGCGCCUCUGCUCAGAAACCAAACUGCGAUCGUCUCGGACACACGCCUGAUGAAACAACGCACACGGUGGCGAAGGUCGUAGCUCAGAAGGCGCCAGUAAUGCUGAGGUUAACUUUAUCAACAUACGUCCUGAUACCAGGAGCCUUUAGCUGCUGUUCAAUAGGAAUUAAAAAAAAGAAACUAUUAAAACUUGUUCGCCGUCAUGCUUCCUCGCCCUCCACUGUUUGGUUCUCGGUAUUUUUGUAAAUAAAGUGUGACUCUUCAAGCCA